CGGACCAAGAAGGAUCUAUCCCAAAUUUAAAAAUAAAAAAUUCCAAUUUUGAAAAUGAGAGUGCUGUGUGUAGUUUUGAUCGUAGCUGUGGUAGCUUGCGGAGCGGCGCCGGGGGCGAGCACUGAAGAAGAGGGGAGGAUCGAGCUGUUUUCAGGGGUGGCCAUUGAACGUGAUGCUACCGGUGAAGACAAACUAAAUGUGAAAUUCGAACCCGGUGAAUUAAGGGAAGCGGCUAGAACUUUUGAAGAAGCACGAGGCAAAAUCAAGAAGUACACUCCACUCCUGGCCGGUAUAGGCGUCAAAGUGAUUGCCGUAUUGGGCAUCCUCUUCGGCGGUCUGACUCUGUUGGUCACCAAAGCGCUGGUGGUCGCAAAACUAGCCUUCCUGGCGGCUGCAGCUUUGGGCAUCCAGAAAUUAUUAAGCGGUGGAGGUCUGAACAGUAUUAGUGGAAAGAUUGCUGGCUUCCAAUCUUCACCGCAGCAGUGGUCAUCACCCACCGCCUCAGCUGGUACCUAUCCUUACGCUAGAUCUUCCAGCAUAGCUCAAGACGCGAACGACUUAGCUUACAAAGCACAAAUAUCCCCUUAAAUAUGAUACUAUCACAUGCAAGGGCAUUAUGCAAUCUGACAAUAUAAUUAUUCUAAGUUAUUGACACAAUGGUUGUAUACUGAAGUUUUAAGUCACUCUUGGUCGAAUGUGGUUUAUAGUGGGAUGAAUCAAAUCUAAGUGAUCCGACCCCUUAUUCACGAACAUUGAUAAGGUAUGUCUUAACUUCUC